GAUCUCUCUCUCGCGCGCCCGUUUUACUCUUCUUUUCUUGUUUGAGUUCGGUCGAGCAGUUGACCUACACAGGGUAGAAAACAGCGAGUUCCUAUCUCACAUCUCUUUCUUUUCUCUUUCCCUUACUAAUGCUGUUACUGUGCUGAUUAUAGAAUGGCUGAGAUUGGUUCCCUCUGGGGGUAGUAAGAAUAGUAGGAGUUAGAGAUGGGGAAUGCGUUUGGAUGCUCUGCAUCGGGGGAGCGUUUGGUUUCUGCAGCAAGAGAUGGAGAUUUGGUGGAAGCGAGGAUGCUGCUCCACUUCAAUCCAUCCCUCGCUCGCUAUUCCACCUUCGGUGCCCUCAAUUCCCCUCUCCAUUUCGCCUCCGCCAAAGGCCACAAUGAGAUUGUUUCGUUGCUGUUAGAGAAUGGCGCUGAUGUAAAUACCAGGAAUUAUUGUGGGCAGACGGCAUUGAUGCAAGCUUGCCGAUAUGGGCACUGGGAAGUAGUCCAGACCCUUUUGCUAUUCAGAAGCAAUGUUACAAGAGCAGACUACCUCAGUGGCAGGACAGCUCUGCAUUUUGCAGCAGUAAAUGGGCAUGUCAGAUGUAUAAGGCUUGUAGUUGCCGACUUUCUUCCAAGUGCUCCCUAUGAAGUGAUUGCCUCUGAGGUUGAUGGUGAUAGCGAUGAUGGUUUGUCAAGGCAAAGAUUUGAUCAUUCUGCUCUCUCCAAGUUUGUGAGCAAGGCAGCCGAUGGUGGUAUAACUGCUCUUCACAUGGCUGCAUUGAACGGAUACUCUGAUUGCGUACAAUUGCUGCUUGAUAUUCAUGCAAAUGUCUCAGCUGUGACAUUCCGCUAUGGCACAUCAAUGGAUUUAAUAGGAGCUGGAAGCACCCCUUUACAUUAUGCUGCUUGUGGAGGAAAUCUCAAAUGUUGCCAGAUCCUUCUUGCAAGAGGUGCUAGUCACAAGACAUUGAAUUGCAAUGGGUGGCUUCCAUUUGAUGUUGCUAGGAUAUGGGGACGCCAUUGGCUUGAGCCAUGGCUGGCACCAAAUUCCAACUUGACCCUACCAGCAUUUCCUCCAUCAAAAUUUUUGUCCUUGCCUCUUAUGAGCCUAGUCAAUAUAGCAAGAGAGUCUGGGUUGCAAUCCUCGACUAGUUCCUCUGAUGAUAAUGAUACUUGUGCCGUCUGCCUCGAGAGAUCCUGUUCUGUUGCUGCUGAAGGCUGCAGGCAUGAACUCUGCGUGCGAUGUGCACUCCAUCUUUGCUCAACGAGCAACAUCACUUCUGAAAUGGUCGGCCCACCUGGAUCAAUUCCAUGCCCCCUAUGCCGAAAUGGCAUAAUUUCUUUUGUUAAAUUGCCUGGUUCCCCAUCAAAGGAGAUUAAACAAAGGAGCUCUAGCUGCACCCCAUGCAUGCUUCACACAUGUAAUCCGGACCCCCCAGCAAUGCCUCGUCCAUCCGGGGUUCGCAGGAACCGUGUCGCCUCAGUUUCUUCAGAUAUUUUCUGCCCUGUCUCGUGCAGCCCUUUUCCUUCCAUCACCAUUCCCUCUUCUGUGUGCAAUGACGACCCGUGCCCGUCUCUUGAACCCCAAGAUAGAGAAACACAAGAUCAAUCUCCUCGUCGCUUGCAAAGUGUACUGGAUGAGCAGGAUGAAAUGGAAGGUCCAACAAUGGACAAGACGAGCUGUUCAAGUAUGUUUUGGAACAGAAGAAACUACCACAGGGAGCAUCAAUGCAAUUCAGAAAUAAAUGCUUGAUUUUUCAAGAACUUGGAGGUCUUGAUGCAUCAGAACAUGAAUAGUGGCCGGACACUUGAGUCUAUGCAAGUGGGGCCCAUGAUUAACUUCAAAACAUUUAUCUGAUGGAACCAUUUUUUAUAGGAAUGCCCCAAAAUCUACCCAGUUGGAAGAUCCUAACCCUCCACGGGGGGGCGGAUCCAGACAGAAAAGGCCAGAGAUAGGAUGCCUAUGACCUUCAGAUCAGGAACAUUUUAGCAGCAUCAUCCAUCUUGGGGUCCAUCAGGUCAACAGUGUUGACCACCUAAUCAUGGGUUUCAUGCCUGCCUGCCGGGUACAUCAGGACAUUCAUAUUCAAAUGCAUUAGGCCUGUCUUCAUCUCUAGCGGGUUUGUGAAUAAUCAUAUUCCAAAAGAGUUUUAUUAUUUUUAUUUUUUUCUUUAAAAUCAGAAAUGGAUGAGCAGCAUCUAGUUUCUUCAUGGGGUUUCUGCCAAGUUCUAUGCACACGGUUGGUUCCUGUUGUGUCGGCAGCCUUCAGAUCAUAUGGGAGAUUUAGAGAGUGUUGGCAUGGAUGUCGAGUAUGUAGAUCACAUGUAACUCUGUACUUCUGAAAGCAAAGCAUUAUUAGAUUAUAAACUCUCAAAUCUUCUUUUUUACCCCA